AUGCAGAGCGCAAAUAAUGGGAACAAUAACUCUGGAUUUUACCUCCCAAGACCUCUCAGUGAGAAAGUAUUGAUUGUACAGAUACUGGUUGGGAUUUUCCUGUAUGUGAAUUCUCUGAUGAUUUUUACCUUCUUAAAAAAGGAAGUUUUCAGAGAGGAUACUCGAUAUAUUUUGUUUGCACAGACACUCUUCAAUGACUCUGUCCUUUUGGUGAUAAGUGGCUUGACUGUACUUGGGAAUUAUUAUCGGUUUCCUACCCCAAUGAUUCCAUGUUGUAUACUUUGUACGCUUAUGAACUGGCUUAAUAAUUGCACUCCUUUGACACUGGUGACCAUGUGUUUAGAGCGUUAUGUGGCCAUCUGCAUGCCACUGAGACACGCUGACAUCUCCAACUCCAGAAACAGAAAAAUUGGUCUUCUGAUCAUCUGGACUAUCAGUUCUAUAACAGCAUUUGUUAGUCUGUUAGGAUUUCUAGCUGUCAACCCAUCUUACAUUCUGCUAUCUUAUGUUGUGUGCAGUGUAGAGGUGCUCCAAACAUUAAUCUGGCAGGCUCAGUUAAGAGCAAUACUUUUACAGUUAUACUUCAUCUGCAUGAUUGUCAUCAUUGUGUUCACUUAUAUUAAAAUUCUGAUGGCUGCAAGGGCUGCUUCUUCAGACAAUAAGAAAUCAACAUACAAGAGUCUCAGAACAGUGGCUCUUCAUGCCUUUCAGCUCUUCCUCUGUUUGACUCAACUUUUAACCCCAUAUAUAGAAAUAGCUGUUAUGAAGAUUGAUUUUAUGCUGUUUCUUGAUAUAAGAUACUACAAUUUCAUCAUCUUUCUUAUCACUCCACGCUGUAUAAGUCCACUCAUUUAUGGACUAAGAGAUGAAAAAUUUUACCUUGCUUUAAAACAUCAUACCUUGUUUGGUCUUCCAAAGGUUCUUUCAGCUGUGUUUGAUGCCAGUGAAUGCAGAAAACUAUGGUUUAACUUUACCAUCUCCUUCCACCCAGCCUCCAAAAAUGGCAAAGCUGAUGCCUUGUCCCAAAUGCACGAGCCUGAUGAGGCUCCUCAGGAGGACAAAACCAUCCUAUCCUCAUCCAUGAUCGUAGCCCCAGUGGACUGGACAGUUGAGGACAUCACAAAGGAGACUCACAGGCAGCCCGCUCCACCUGAGCACCCGCCAACCCGAGUCUACUGCUCAGACAGACCUAUUACUGUUUUUGAAUCAUGUUGUGGAUAA